AUGUUCUACAGAGGAUAUCCUGAUGGUCCAGAUGGACGUGAAAUGGGUGCAAAACGCCAGCGAAUAGUUGAUCAGGGUCCUUCAUUCUACGGGAAUUCCCCUGGUUCAAGUUUUAUGUACAAUGUUCCUCCCUAUGGAUAUGUUAGCCAGCCACCUCCUCCUUUCCCUGUUGUCCGUCUUCGUGGUCUUCCUUUCGAUUGCACGGAAAAUGAUGUGGCUGAGUUCUUCCAUGGUCUGGACAUAGUUGAUGUUCUUUUUGUUCACAAGGCUGGCAAGUUCACUGGUGAAGCUUUUUGUGUUUUGGGUUAUCCUCUUCAAGUCGAUUUUGCACUUCAAAAGAACAGGCAGAACAUGGGCAGGAGAUAUGUUGAGGUUUUCCGAAGUAAGAGGCAGGAUUAUUAUAAGGCAAUAGCGAAUGAAGUUUCAGAAUCUCGUGGUUCACCACGACGAAAUAUCCCUAGGGCUAAAUCUUAUGAUGAGGGGAAGGACUCAGCUGAACAUACAGGGGUAUUACGAUUGAGGGGACUGCCAUUUUCAGCUGGCAAGGAUGACAUAAUGGAAUUCUUUAAAGAUUUUGUUUUAUCAGAAGAUUCGAUUCAUAUUACAAUGAAUUCAGAGGGUAGGCCAACUGGAGAAGCCUUUGUGGAGUUUGCAAAUGCAGAAGAUUCUAAAGCAGCCAUGGCCAAGGAUAGGAUGACUCUUGGAAGUCGUUAUAUUGAGCUGUUUCCCUCUUCACUUGAGGAGUUGGAUGAAGCAGUUUCAAGAGGCCGGUGA